AUGGCGCUGACGGACUCGCUCGACGAGCUCAUCACGAGUGGCGCGAUCACGCCGCAGCUGGCCAUGAAGGUCCUCCAGCAGUUCGACAAGUCCCUCGCGGACACGAUGGUGAAGCAGGUCAAGACGAAGACGACGCUCAAGGGCCACCUGCACACCUACCGCCUCUGCGACGACGUCUGGACGUUCAUUGUCAAGAAUCCGUCCUUUAAGAUGGAGGGCAAUGAGAUGGUGCAGGCGCCCAAGAUCAAGAUCGUCGCGUGUAAAAACGGCGACGCCAUUGAGAACGGGAAGAAGUGA